AAACAAAUACCUGGAAUCUGACAAUUAUUUAGACAUGGAAAAUGAAAUUAUGGUUGUGGAGACAGUCGGAGCUGAUAUUACUCCAAGCCAGGUCAAAGAAGGAAUUGAAGGAGACAAUACAUUUCUUGCUGAAAUGGAUAGCAAGACAAAAUCUAAUCAGGGACACGGACUCGAUGGACUGAGCAAAUUUGGUUCAGUGGAUGAUUCACAUGGAGUGAAUGGAGAGGGCAAAGAGGGAGAUCGUGUUGCCAAUGUCAAUUUUCCAAAGGAUGCUGUAGAUGAGUGGCCAGCACCAAAGCAAUUCCAUACCUUCUACUUUGUCAAGCACCGUUCUUAUGAAGACCCAAAACUGAAGGCCAAAAUUGAACAAGCUGACAAGGAGAUCCGAAAGAAGAAUGAACAUCGAUUCCAAAUAACUGAAGCAUUAAAGGCCAAAAGGUCUGAGCGAGCACAAGUGAUUUCGCAAUUAAAGCCUUUGACUGCUGAGGACAAACAAUACCGGAUGAUUAUGGAUGAGAAGAGAAAAGAAAUGAAACCAUUUCAUGAAGCUUUGGGCAAGCUGCGUAGUGCAAAUAAUGAUGUGAGGGAGAAAGGAAUGGGUUUAUGCUCUUCAGAGGAAGAGCUUAAUGAACUUAUUGAAAGCCGGCAUUAUCAUAUGCAACAUGAGAGCCUCACUUUAGUUGAGGAGAAACAGUUGAUUAAGGAGAUCAAACAGCUUGAAGGAACAAGAGAAAAAGUUAUUGCUAAUGCUGCUAUGAGAGCUAAAAUUCAGGAUUCCUUAGGUCAGAGAGAAGCUAUUCAAGACCAGGUCAAAUUACAAGGUGGUGACAUUGAUGGAUUUAAAAAGGAGCAACAAGCAGUUAGGAUGAAAAUCAGACAACUGGAAGAAGAACUGAAGACCAUAGAUGAUGAAAUCAUUUCCUUACAGGAGGAGUUGACUGCUGUGAAUGAGAAGAAGGACAAAGCAUUUGAAACUCUCAUUGAAUUGAGGAAAGCACGUGAUGUAGCAAAUGCAUGUUACUUUCAAAACCGUUCACUCUUAAACACUGCCAAGGAUCUUGCUGCAAAGAAGGAUAUAGCAGCACUGCAAGAGCUUGCCCAUGCUGAGGAAGAGAAAUUUAUGUCCCAGUGGAGAAGUAAUAAAGACUUCAGAGAUGAUUAUGAGAAGAGGAUAUUGCCAUCGCUAGACCUUCGUCAGCUUAGCAGGGACGGACGGAUCAGGAACCCGGAUGAAAGGCCAAUUAUUUCAGAGGCACCAUCAUCCACAGGAUCAGAGACCAUGCCAGCUAAAGCAAGUGUAAAACAAGCAAAGGAGGGUGUGAACCCCGCUCCACUCAACGAUACUGUCACUAGCCACAAGUUACAUGAUGCUGGCAAUACUAAAUCAACUGAGGUGGCAUCGAAAAGAAAGAUGAGUGGUCCUAUGGACACUGAAAACGCUUCAGUGACUGAGAUGUCCCAAAAGGAGUCUUCCAAAGUUGAAGAGAUUGAUACUGUGAAGUUGAAGGAGAUGAAAAGAGAAGAGGAGAUUGCAAAAGCUAAGAUGGCUUCGGAGAGGAAGAAGAGGCAAGCUGAGAAAGCAGCAGCAAAAGCAGCAAUCAGAGCUCAGAAGGAAGCUGAAAAGAAACUCAAGGAAAAGGAGAAGAGAGCUAGGAAAAAGGCUGGGACGUCUGCACCUGCUGCACUUGAUGAGCAGACUGAAAUGGACAUGAAGAUCGUGGAGCCGGAAGAUACUAAUGUGAAUAUAGAAGCCCCAAUUUCCAAACCAAACAAAGAACAAAAAGGAAAAGCUAGGUACAGAAAUCACCCAAAAGGUCGGGCUCCGCUCCCUAGGGUCAUCCUUAAGAGGCAGAAGUCACAUUCAUAUUGGUUAUGGGCUGCCCCAGCGAUAGUGGGGGCUCUGGUGCUUGUGUUGUUGACUUACUACUUUUCUUUUGGAAGAAACUGAGCUAGAUUAGUCUAUGUUCAAGAUGCAGACCAGUUUUGCAGGGAGGGGUUACAUUGGUAGACGAUCGAAUUAUACUCGUGUCCUUCCAGUAAGUGAAUGUGCUCAGUUGAGAAACGUUAUAUGCGAGGCUCAUGCAGUGUUGAGUUUUCAUUAGACAGCAUGCUGUAGGUUACCCUCUUCGCUCUUUGAGAUGUCUAUUUACUUUGUUGUUGUAGUUUAACUAACUUUGAAAAAUAUGCUGCCCGUCAUAAGAUAGUUGCAUGGUGUUGUGAGAUCAUCAGAUAUGGAUUUUAUUUGUUCCUUUAUGUCAGAUCAUUCUUAACAGAGUACUUCAAAGAAUAAUUUACAUCGGUGAAUGAAUAAAUGUUGUCAUGUCAAA